AAAUCAACGUUCUUGUACGAAUAACGAAACUUACGUAAUACUUUUUAAAUAUUUUUCAAGUAUUUAUAAAAUUUCUCAAAAUUACCUACGUAAUAAUAGAGGUUCUCGUUAGCGAUGAUAGAUCAUUUCGUUACGAGUCUACAUCUGAUAUUCUUAUCGGAUACUUUGAUCGCGUUAAGGUUACGUUGCAUUGACACGUAAAUUUAUAACGACACUCGUGUAUAAUGUGUCAAGUUGACGCAUGUUUGUUGACAUGUGUCUUUCUAUCUAUUAUUUAAUGCUACAUUGAUUUAAACGUCUCAGGGAACAUGGGCUACGUACAUUUUCGACAAUGUAGCUCGAAUCUACGCGAAACACCAUCCACAGAAACGUGUAUUCCGAUACCGAGGAAUAACAGAACGAUAAUAACCGAUGUUUAUGCAGGGAUUCCUGAAAAUUUGUUAUUGAAUUUUCUUGGGUUUUUGUUCCUGGUUAUUUUGUUCGGUUUAUUACGUAAGAAAGCAUGGAAUUAUGGACGUCUUGCGCUGCUCAAUAAGACGGAUGAACGAUGGAUGGAAUUAUUUUACGGAGUCAAUGAGAAUAGAGAUACGGACGCUAUAUGUGUAGAGACCUCUGUUAAUUCGCAACUUUCGCAAGUGGACAGAGGCUUUUUAUCUUGGAUUGUCACGGCAUUCAAAGUAACAGACGAGGAAUUGUUGAAACGCGUUGGACCGGAUGGCUUACUGUACAUAUCUUUUCAACGCCAUUUAAUCAUUUUGAUGAUCUUAAUGGUUAUCGUAUCGUUAGGCAUAGCGUUACCAGUUAAUUUUCAUGGAAAUAUGCAAGGCGACGAAGCAACCUUUGGUCAUACCACUCUGUCCAAUUUAGAUCCGAUGUCUACGUGGAUUUGGGUGCAUACGAUAUUGAUCUUGUCGUAUUUGCCGGUCGGUGCUUAUGUUAUGAGACAUUUCUUCAAAAAGGUACAAGAUUCCAAGCAUGGCGGUGAAUUAGCGGCUAGAACGUUAUUAAUUACGGAAAUACCGAAGCAUCAGUGCAACGCCGACGCUCUUGCAGAAUAUUUGAAAGAAACGUUUCCUACCUUGUCGGUAGAAGAUGUUACGUUGGCUUACGAUAUUAGACGGCUUUCGGCGUUAGACGAAGAAAGAGAUUGCGCCGAACAAGCCCGUUUAUAUUGCGAAAAUUAUGCUAGAAAACGAGAACCGUUAAAGAUGUAUCCGUAUCCGUGUGGUCAAGUAAUAGGUUGUUGUUGUAAAAACCAAGUUGAUGCUCAAGAAUUUUAUACGGACGAAGAAAUGCGAUUGACCGCCUUGGUCGAAGAGGAAAAGAAAGUAGCGUUGAGUAAACCUCUUGGAAUAGCUUUUGUAACUUUAGGUACCCCCGGUGCUGCUAUAGCUAUGCGGAAGCAGUUGCGUUUGUUGCCUAGUAUAAAGUGGGUUGUAGAUUACGCACCUAUACCGUCCGAUAUUUUCUGGGAGAAUUUAAGUAUACCAAGAUCAUGUUGGUAUUUAAAUGCUGUGUUGAUCAACUUUGCAUUGGGUAUCAUGCUAUUUUUCCUCACUACACCGGCUGUAAUAGUGCCUGCUUUGAAUAAAUUACCAAUCGCCGGAGACAUUAUGAAUCUUAGUCCCGUAGUUUCGUCCUUUCUUCCGACCGUAUUACUAGUCAGCGUGGCUGCUUUGAUGCCUGUAUUAGUAGCCAGAAGCGAAUCGUUGGUUAGACAUUGGACUAGGAGUAGUCUAAAUCGAGCAGUAAUGACGAAAACGCUGCUUCUUUUGUUAUUAAUGGUCCUCAUACUACCGAGUCUGGGUUUAACCAGCGCUAAAGCAUUUUUAGAUUGGACUGCGAACGCGACGAACGAUACCGGAAGAUGGGCCUGUGUGUUUUUACCCGAUCAGGGUGCUAUAUUCGUAAACUACGUAAUUACCGCAUCUUUGCUCGGAACUGGAUUGGAAUUGGUCAGAUUUCCUGAACUAGCGUUAUAUACCUUCAGAUUAUGCAUAGCUCGAAGCAGAGCGGAAAGAAUACACGUCAGAAAGGCGGUAUUAUGGGAAUUUCCUUUGGGUGCUCAUUACGCUUGGUUACUUCUAGUUUUUACUAUGGCAACGGUUUAUAGUUUACCUUGUCCGUUAAUUACACCUUUUGCGCUGCUAUAUCUCGUGGUGAAACAUUUGGUGGACAGGCACAAUUUAUGCUUCGCUUAUGGACCAAGCGUUGGCGGUGGUCAGUUAGCCGGUGCCGCGGCGAGUGCUACCGGUGCUGCCCCAAUUUUGGCACAAGCUGCGCUCUUAGCUUUAGGUUUAGUAAGAAGAGGAUUAUCGCCUCUGGCUGCGGUACAACUCAGCGGUCUUGCCGCGAGUAUUCUAGGACUCGUCACCGGUGCUACUUUACCCGCGUCGAAGUCUAAGACUCAAGUUUUGAAGAGAGACUUGUCGACUGGUCAAAAUUUUGUUGCUCCUGUAUUAAGGAAGAAAGUAAUAUCGUUGGAAGAAACUGUAUCUACAACCUCCGAUUCUGAUCUUCGUUUAACCAGUUUAAGAAGUACUACCGCUUCUUCGAUGCAAGAAAGUCCGAAGCUUUAUCAGGAUUACGGGAAAGAAUCGCAAGCGUAAUCGUUUUUUCGAUUAGGUACGUGAUGCGCUAUUAUAAUUUCGUGUAAAUAUACCUUUCCAUGCAUACUAAUGAAACGUCGUAUAUAUCUGUUACAUCGUACAUGCAAGUACGACGAUAACGACUCUUUAUACUUGAAAAUUAAUUUAUUUGUAAUUAAUUAACAUUUAAUAUUCCGAUUAGUAAGUAUGAAAAUAUAAAAAAAGUUGAGUAACUUACCGUUUACGAGAAUACGAGAGAAAUUCUUGAGAUUAAAUAUAGACUCGUGCAACCGGUGUAGCUAUUCGUUGUUAAUGGAAAGAAAUAACAAGAAACGCGUAUAAAUCAUUAUUUGUUUAAUAGCAUGACAACAACAAUAAAUGAUACGAGCAACGAUGAUUAAUUAUAA